AUGGUCUUCAAGCUCUGCCAAAGCGCUGAGAGCAGAUGGCGCCGACUCCAGGGCUACAGGCUCCUGGCCGACGUCAUCAAAGACCCUUCGCAGUUCAUCUACACCUACGUGCGAAAGGAAGCCCUGCUCUCCUCCCAAAUCGAAGGCACGCAGUCUUCUCUCUCGGACCUUCUCUUGUUUGAACUCGACGAGGUGCAGGGAGGGUUGCGCGACGAUGUUGUCGAAGUCUCAAACUAUGUUGCAGCACUCGAUCAUGGACUUUCCCGACUCCGAAGCGGUUUUCCCCUCUCUGGGCGGUUGCUCCGCGAAAUUCACGCGGUGCUACUCUCGCGUGGCCGUGGCAGCGGCAAAGAUCCAGGUAACUUUCGGCGCUCGCAAAACUGGACAGGCGGGGUGCGGCCAGGGGCUGCCGCCUUCGUGCCUCCGCCACAUCUGGUAGUUCCCGACAGCAUGGGUGCACUCGAGCGGUUCCUCAAUGGCAAGACAGGCGACCAGCCUAUUCUCUUGAGAGCCGGGCUUGCGCAUGUCCAAUUUGAGACGAUUCAUCCGUUCCUCGACGGCAACGGUCGCCUUGGGCGCCUGCUGAUCACAUUGAUCUUAUGUGAGGCCGGGAUGCUCAAGGAGCCGCUGCUCUACUUGAGCCUCUACUUGAAGCAUCAUCGCAGUACCUACUACGAACUCUUGAGCCGGGUUCGCGAAGUGGGCGAUUGGGAGGCGUGGCUUGAUUUCUUUCUCAGCGGAAUCGAAGUGUCGGCGGCGGGCGCUGUUUCUACAGCGCACGAGUUGUCGACGAUGUUCGCGGCUGACCGUGCCCAGAUCGAGGCGCAGGGACGGCGCGCGGGGUCGGUUCUGCGGGUUCACCAGGCUCUCAAGGCCCGCCCACUACUCUCCAUCUCGAACGUCUGCCAGCUCACGGACCUCUCCUUCCCCACGGCCUCUUCCGCGAUGGAACUACUUAUCGAGCUGUCGAUUGCCCGCGAGGUGACAGGCAAUGCAAGAAACCGACUUUUCGCUUACAGCAGGUAUCUCUUGAUUCUGAGCGAAGGCACCGAACCACUCUAG